GAUUGUGCAGUAUGUACAGUGCAUGCUGCCCUCCCGCCGCGGUGGGUUCCUGGUUGCGUCGUCGCUCAUGCGGCGAGGGUACCCAGUUUGAAACGUCUGGAAAUAGAAAGCGGUUCGGCCAUAUCUGUAAGCGGUAAGCUGCUGCAAAUGGAUGGAUGGGCGGUAUACACAUAUGUUGGUGGGUAGUGCUGCAUGUGCACACGCGCUGUGCUAUCUGUGAUGCUAUUUUGACGACGGAGAGAGGGGUGGCUAACAGUAGUGUGCAAGUUGAUGCAUUCGAGCCAACGGGCGUUUACGACAUCGCGAAGAAAGCGAGCAUCUACCAGUCGCUUCGCAAUGAUCCGGAAGACUCUGUUAGGAUGGCAGCUCUCGGUAGUCAUGCGCAACGCUUGCGUCUUCCUUUGGGCGUCCACGGUGUAGUGACGCGUUGCGUGCUGUUGCCGGUGCUGUUGCUCACAGAAGUCUCCACACGAACAGGGAGUCUUCUUCAUUUCCUCAGAUCUGACUUCGUCCUCGUCCCUCUACGGCCUCAACGCCUUGACUACCCAGACUAUAACUCGACCAUCUUCCAGAGAAUCCUUGAAUGGGUUGCUUACAAGCGCUUGCUGCCGAUCCAAAAUGAUUCCCCCAGAGGUCGAGAAAUUCUCUUGAAGUCUCCAGCCUUACUCUUCCAUGCCAACCUGAGGGCCUUCAUGGUGCCAAAAUUCUGCCUUGGCCAAUACUUUUGAAGCCGACUAGAUGUCGGUUGGGCCGGCGGUAGUAGAUACCAGCUAGGGUAAAGAUAUCGAUACUGACACCAUCCAUUCUGCGUUCUACCUCUUCACUGGCGGCUUACGGCGCAGGUUUCGAGCAGCUUCGGUGAAAGGCGUAACUACAUUCUUGCCUUCGAUAUCCAAUUGAACCAGUUCGAACUGAUGAGGCACAGUGGGCGAGCACCCGAUUUCUCGAUGUACCCGACGAAGGGUCUGU